AUGGACAGAGAGCACGAGCUUCUGUCCACCGACUCAUUCGGGGUUUGGUAUGGAAAUGAGCUGCUGGAUGGCUCUUUAUAUACCAUCGAUCGUGCCAAUGCAACCUACCACGAACCCCUUCCUAAAGACGCAUCACUCCCUACUCGCUCAAUUGCUCUCACCGGUACUUUAUCUCUCCACGAUUAUCGAAAGCAUCUCGCACUGGCUGCACAGUGCACCGACGAUCCCGUAGAUCGCUGUGAAAAGACUCUCCGCCGCAAAACGGCAACAAGCAAUUUGAACCGUCCAUCAGAGAUUGUUCCUGUUCACUACGCAGCAUCAACUACUUCAUCGGUGGCAUCAACUCCUCCACCGUUGUCACCAUCGUGUUCGCAUAGCAUUCUCUCUCUGCGAAGCGACCAAGACGAGGUCUCAGAAUCUGGUCAGCUGCAGUCUGGUGGGCAUCCUACACAGGGGCCACGAGUUGGGCUUGUCUCGGAGCAUCUGACCCGUCCUAGACCCAACAGGAAACGAUUGAAUACCUUUCGUGAGAAGCUUGAGGCGCGGGGACAGGCUCAAAAUUCGCCAUUGUCUCGCCCCCAGAAGUCUGAAUCCGACCCGAUGUUGGCCACCACCCACGCCACCAUCUCCCAUGGCGGGGCCUCCUUUGAGAUCCUGAACCCGCGAAAGUCCCUUGACUUUGCUCGCAUAGUCUCCUUCAUUGAAGAUGUCGAUAGUUGUUCCAUCUUCUCCGACCAAAUUAGGGAUUCCACGCUCUCUAGCUUCUCUAUAGAUCAGGGACUGGACCGGUCCUCCCUCUCCCAGUUUACAGAUGCCUCACUACCAUCCCAUUAUUCUUCACAAUCAUUAUACACCUCCUUGUCAUCGCCCUACUCCACGCCCAAGAGGCAAACGGCCGACAUCCCCUCAUCGUCACCCGGAGUGCACGACAAAACCCACUCAUUCUCCGAGUACCCUUCCAACGAAUACGACUCCUGGUCCUUUGAUCGGUAUGAUCCAAAACAACUAAACAACGACAUAGUCGGUGAAGAAUAUUCUCCACGACCACGCAUGACCUCCAUCUCAGAACGCCUCGAAGAAAGAGAAGAGGAACUAGCUUCCUACCCCUCCGACUCCACCAAGCGACCUUCAACAUCAUCAUCCUCCUCAUCUUCCCCACCAACCUACUACUCUGAGAGUGAAAUCGGCGAGCCGGGCUCCCCUGUCUACGCCAACGGCGAAUGGUCGCAGGUCGACGGCCGAGACCGAGGUAUCUUCCUCGAGCUCCCGCCAUCCCCAUCGUCUCCUUCUCCCUAUGACAUUGAAACGGAGAACGAGACUGAAAAUGAAAAUGACCCUCCCUCCCCAUACGACACCUACCUAGCCAACACAAUGUCUCCCGCUUACUCCCACCAUUACGAUCACGACCCCUAUGACCCAAUUUACUUUGAUCCCCAUGUACAAUCCGUGCUGGCCGCGGCCAAUGCUGAGACCAUGGGCCUCCGCGGGCACCCUGCUCGCGCGCUAGACGACUUGCAGCGGAGGUUUCAGAGCUCUGUUUCCCUGGCUGAGGGAGGCCGCAAAGGCGAUAAUUCCCAGCGCAAGCGACUGCGGAAGUUUUUCAGCUGGCGGUCUGGAAACUGA